AUGGGUGAAGAAACACCUAAUCAAACUCAUGAAAUAUUAUUUAAUGAUUUCAUACCAUUAUCAUUCAGAAUAACUGUUGCAAUUCAUUUUGGAUUAAUAUUAUGGUUGAUACUAAAUUUGUUAUUAACUAAUUUCACUUCAAUUAAUGUAUUACAUUUAUUAAAAUUAUCAUAUACACCACAUAAUUAUACUCAUUUAGAUGAUCUACUGCAUAACCAAGAUACCAACAUCAACACCAACAACAACCAUAACCAUAACCAUAACCAAAUUGAGUCAUUGGGGGAAUAUGCUGCAUUUUUACCUAGUGAUCCUCAUGAAAAUGAUCGAUUAAUUAAAGGAAUCUGGUCAAAUUUAAAAUUUGUAUCAAUUAUUAAUAUCACUUGUUGGAUAAUUUAUAAAUCAAUUGCUAAUAUUUCUUGGUUAACACCAUUAUUUUAUACAUUACCAUUGGUUUCAUUAUUCAUGACAAUUUAUAAGCUUUUCUUUAAAAACUCAUAUUCUUCACCUGGUCAAAUUAGAAUUUUCACUACGAUUAAAAGAAUCAUUAGGGGUAAUAUUAAUAGUCAAACCAUGAGAACUAAUGACAUUUUAAUAAGUGAUAGUUUAGUUUCAUAUUCUCGAGUGAUAAAUGAUUUAGGUUUAGUAAUUUGGAAUUAUUGGUUUGAUAGUAAUAUUGGAUAUAAUUAUAAAUUUGAAUCGAUGAUAUUAUCAAUUCCUACUUGGAUUCGUAUUAAACAAUGUUGGUAUGAAUAUAAAUUGACGGGGAAAAUUCAACAUUUAUUUAAUUUAAUUAAAUAUUCUACUGGGUUAGGACCAUUGUUGAUUAAUGUAUUACUUAAACGAAUGUUAUUGAACGCUACUGAACAAGAAAAAACCAGUGGAGAAUUAUUACUUAAAUUAAAUCAUUUAAAUAAUUGGUUAUAUUUUGCAUUAGCUGUGAAUUCAACUUAUUCAUUUAUUUGGGAUAUUAAAAUGGAUUGGCAUUUAGAAUUAUUUGAUGGGUUGUUCCUGGUAGUUUCUGGAAAGAAAACUUCUCAUUCUGUUGUUUCUGUUUCUAAUUAUCGAUUCCAAAUUUUAAGAAAACAAUUGGCAUUACCAAGACCAAUUUAUUAUAUUGCUAUAAUUAUUGAUUUUAUAUUAAGAUAUAUUUGGAUAUUAAAAUUAUUUAUAAUUAAUGAAGAAUUGAAAAAAGAGAAAAUUAAAUUCAUUUAUAUUUUUUCAACAUUUUUAUUUGGUUAUGAUGCUUAUUCAUUAGGUUAUGCUUUAAUUGAAACAUUAGAAAUUUUUAGACGUUGGAUUUGGUGUUUUAUAAAAUUAGAAUCUGAUUGGGUUGAACUUUAUAAUGAUCAAGAUUUACUGAAUCAAGAUAUUGAAUUGGAAACUAGACUUCCUAAACAAGGUUAA